GAUGGGACAAUGUCACAACUUCAAACGCUCUGCCUUGCGCCAGCUGUCGCCACCGUUUUGGCCAGACGGUUUCAGUCAGCAGGGGUGACGGACAGUGGGAGUUCCAUAAGCUCCGUCAAGUCUGCUGACGUAUAUGAUAACUCUGUCAGCGUUGGGGACAGGGGUCUGGUCACUGUAGUGUGGCGGAAAGAACGUAGCUCGUUGAUUGGUGGAGAAAGUGGAGGGAGCAGCAGCAGAAGCAGCAGUACGGGUGACUUGAUUCCCCAUGCGCCAUUUGACGCUCUCUUUGCUGGGCCUCCUGACAGGGAGCGAAUAAGACGAGUGUUGCUGGCUGGAUCCGAACCUGUUGCUGCAGGAACUGCUGCAGGCUCGGCAGCAGGUGAAGCAGGGGCAGCAGGAGCAGGAGCAGGAUCAGAAGCAGCAGCAGCAGCAAGCGCAGGCUCAGAAGCAGCGCUGCUGCUGAGGCUAAUGGAUAGCUGGCCAGACGUGGUGGUACAGGCAGACAUGCCCGCUGACGCGCCUCUUGUCUCUCUCCGAUGGUUGAAUGUCUCUGUACCACCUUGCUCCACCAAUUCUGCCAGUGCAAGUGACAGCAGCACAGUAAGCAGCAGUGCCAGCAGUGGUGGCAAUGAGAGUGGGGGGAGCGCAGCAGAGGGGGUGUUGACGGAGGGAGGCACUGUCGUCUCUCUGCUGCUUCCCAAUGCAUCAUGGCGCCUUGCUUCUUCGUCCCUGACCCCCGCCGAGGCCUGCAGCGUGAUGGCUCUGGAGGCGGCCUGCCUGGGCGGGGUGCGGCCGUCAGCAGGCGUGGCGGCCAUCAUGCGCGCCCACCCCGCCUCCGCGCUCUCUAGGCUGACUCACUCCACCGCUGUGUACCUCGAGGCCAAUGAGGAGCUGCCACCUGGCAGCUGUCCAGGCUAUGCAGCUGCUGUGGCACGCACCUUCCACCCCCUCCGCGGCCCCCUACUGCUCGACGUCACUCUUGCCCGCCUAAACGCCUGCCCCUCCCCUGCUGGUGGCGCUGGGGGGAUAUGGGGGGAGGAGAGGGGGCGGGGGAAGGAUGGGGACGGGGAGGGGGAGGGGGAGGGGGAUCGGGGGAUUGGAGAGGGGGAGGGCGAGAUGGGCGAAGCGGGAGAAGGAGGAGAAGGGGAGGAAGGAGGGGAAGGGGACGGAGAGGUGGUGAAACCGAUCAAGAAGCAGCAGGGAAGGAGGAGGUUGUUAAUAGCAGAGGAGGCGAGGGAGAAGAAAGGCGGGGAGGGAUCGAAGGACAAAGUUGGACAGGGCAUGGCUUCAAAUUCCGGCGUUUCAGACGGCAACAGCAGCAGCAGAGAUGAGGUUGAUUCAGAUGCUAACAGCAGCAGAAGCAGCAGCAGCAGCAGCAGCAGCAGCAGCAGCAGCAGCAGCGAGGGAGCUAAUUCAGCUGGCAACAGCAGCGGCGGCUUUAACGCAACGUUGUGCGCGCAGCUGCAGGUGGCGGAGGCGUGGGUGGUGUCGGCAGCAGCGGCGCUCAUCCACACCCGCGCGUCUCUCGAGGCCCGCUUCCUCCACGCCCAGGCCACCGCCCGCACCGCCCGGGAGAUCCUGGGGCUGGAAGGGGGAAGGAGGUUAGGCGAGAGGGGGAGUGGAGGAGCAGGGGGGGCGGAUGGGAGAGUGGAAGGGGAGGGAGCAGAGGGGGCAGAGGCAGCCAUGGGUGGUGCAGAAGCUGCGGGUGCUGCAGAGAAGGGGUGGUUCUCAGUGCAGCGAGUGCCGUUCUCUGUGGCGCCGACUGUCUGUGAGGCUCCCAAGGCUGAGUCGUUUAGGAAGCAGCGGUUCCUGCGGCAGUUCAUAGUGGAUGAGGAUCUCAAGGCGAUCUAUUGCUUCGUCCCCAAGGUCGCCUGCACGGGGUGGAAAACGUGGUUCCGGGAACAGCAAGGGCAGAGCAACGUGUCAGACGUGUUUUUGACCCACGACAAGGCGCGCUCAGGCCUGCGCAUCCUCGCAUACCACUUCCCAGAGCACCGCGCGAUCGAGCUGCUGACCCGCCCGGACUUCUUCAAGUUCUCGUUUGUGCGGAAUCCGUAUACGCGGCUGGCUUCGGUGUAUCUGAACAAGCACGUGGGGGGCGGGCCGCCUUACUCCCGACAAUUCUGGAACAAGAUGUUUUUCCGCAAGUUCGUUCCCUUCCGCCGGCUAGUGAAUGCCAAAAAGGGGAAUGACUUGUUUUCCUUUGGAGAAUUCGCGUGGCUGCUGAGACUCAUGAGGGAGCAGCGCCGCGGACGCAUGGAAUCGCACGUGCAGCCGCAGAUCGACGCGUGCCGGUUCGACAAGAUCCGAUUUGAUUUCGUGGGGCGGUUUGAGAAUCUGGCGGAGGAUGUGGGGUUGGUGCUGCGGAGGCUGAACCGCACUGUGGGGGCGUCAGGAGCAUUCAAGAUCUCAAAAGACGCGCAUCCCACUAAUGCUGGGAGCAAACUGCUGGAGCUAUAUGACGAGCUUGCUGGGAGCAAGCUUCUAGAACUAGUGCUGCGGUGGUUGAACUGCACUCUGGGGGCAUCAGGGGCGUUGAAGAUCUCCAAGGACGCGCAUCCGACGAAUGCCGGGAGCAAGCUGCUGAAGCUGAAUGAUGAGAUAUCGGUGGUCGCAUAUGAGCAGCGGGGCGACGAUAGCGAGCGGUGGGGCGACGAUAGCGAGCAGCGGGGCGACGAUAGCGAGCAGCGGGGUGACGAUAGCGAGCACCAGGGCGACGAUAGCGAGCACCAGGGCGACGAUAGCGAGCACCAGGGCGACGAUAGCGAGCACCAGGGCGACAAUAGCGAGCAGCAGGGCGACGAUAGCGAGCACCAGGGCGACGAUAGCGAGCACCAAGGCGACGAUAGCGAGCACCAGGGCGACGAUAGCGAGCAGCGGAGCGAAGCAUCUGUGCGACGGUGGCGAAGCAUCUCGCGUCCCACCCUGUCACCUCCCGUCCCAUCCAAUUUCCCCCUUUCCAAUGCCUCCCCCUUUCCGAUCCCUUGCCCGAUCCUCAGCAUCAACUUCGCUUGGCCAGUGCCCUCCCUGUUUUCCUCUCCCUUUCCCCCUGUCCGCCUCUCCCUUUCCCCCUGUCCUCCUCUCCCUUUCCCCCUGUCCUCCUCUCCCUUUCCCCCUGUCCUUCUCUCUAUUUCCCCCUGUCCUUCUCUCCCUUUCCCCCUGUCCUCCUCUCCCUUUCCCCCUGUCCUCCUCUCCCUUUCCCCCUGUCCUCCUCUCCCUUUCCCCCUGUCCUCCUCUCCCUUUCCCCCUGUCCUCCUCUCCCUUUCCCCCUGUCCUCCUCUCCCUUUCCCCCUGUCCUCCUCUCCCUUUCCCCCUGUCCUCCUCUCCCUUUCCCCCUGUCCUCCUCUCUAUUUCCCCCUGUCCUUCUCUCCCUUUCCCCUUGUCCUCCUCUCCCUUUCCCCUUGUCCUCCUCUCCCUUUCCCCCUGUCCUCCUCUCCCUUUCCCCCUGUCCUCCUCUCCCUUUCCCCCUGUCCUCUCCCUUUCCCCUUGUCCUCCUCUCUAUUUCCCCCUGUCCUCCUCUCCCUUUCCCCCUGUCCUCCUCUCCCUUUCCCCCUGUCCUCCUCUCCAUUUCUCCCUGUCCGCCUCUCCCUUUCCCCCUGUCGUUCUCUCCCUUUCCCCCUGUCCUCUCUCCCUCCCACCCUUCCUCCCCCUCUCUCACAUCCCUUCCUUUCCUACUGUCCUCUCCCACCAUUCACGCUUCUCUCAGCCAUCCCUUUCCCCCCUCCCCUGUCCCUCGCUUUCCCCCACUACCGUCCCUUCCCUUUCCACUACGUUCUCUCGUCCAGCCCAGCCGACACUGCACCAAUAGUGGAUCGGAGUGUAAAAAUCUGCUCUCCUUGGAUGAUGCCAUGUUUGCUUUUAUCCUUAGCAUAA